AUGACUGAAGGGAAAAAAUUGACCAUCAAGAUUGGCAUCAAUGGCUUUGGCCGCAUCGGCCGAAUGGUCUUCCGCGCCGCGCAACACCGCAACGACAUUGAGAUUGUUGGCAUUAACGAUCUGCUGGACGCGGAUUACAUGGCGUACAUGCUGAAGUAUGACUCCACGCACGGUCGCUACGGCGGCAUGGUGGAGGUGCGGGAAGGUGCUCUUGUCGUCAACGGCAAGAAGAUCCGCGUGACAAGUGAGCACGAUCCCGCCAAUCUCAAGUGGAAUGAGGUCGGCGCGGUGGUCGUGGUCGAGUCGACAGGUCUCUUCCUCACCGAUGAGACCGCCCGCAAGCACAUUCAGGCCGGCGCAAAGAAGGUCGUCAUGACAGGCCCGCCAAAGGACGACACGCCCAUGUUUGUCAUGGGUGUGAACAACACGAUGUACAAGGGACAGGAAAUCGUCUCCAACGCCUCGUGCACAACGAACUGCCUUGCGCCGCUUGCGAAGAUUAUUCAUGAGAAAUUUGGCAUCGUUGAGGGUCUCAUGACGACAGUGCAUGCCACCACGGCAACACAAAAAACAGUGGGUGGUCCAUCGCAGAAAGACUGGCGCGGAGGUCGCGGUGCGGCGCAGAACAUCGUUCCGUCCGCCACCGGAGCAGCCAAGGCGGUUGGGAAAGUUAUUCCCGCGCUGAACGGCAGGCUGACCGGCAUGGCGUUCCGUGUGCCGACUCCAAACGUGUCUGUUGUCGACCUCACCGCGCGCCUGGAGAGGCCAGCGACAUACGAGCAGAUCUGCGCCGCCAUCAAGGCAGCCUCUGAGGGGGAGCUGAAAGGCAUUCUUGGCUACACGGAGGACGAGGUUGUUUCCACUGACAUGAAUGGCGUCGCGCUGACGUCCGUCUUUGACGUCAAGGCCGGUAUUUCCCUCAACGAUCACUUCGCGAAGCUCGCCCCAUGGUACGACAACGAGACUGGGUACUCCCACAAAGUGCUGGACCUCGUUGCCUACAUCUCAGCACACUGA